CAGGAGGAGGCGAAGUUGCAGGCACCAAGAAAACAAAAAGCAGCGAGAGGAGAAUGGCGGAUGCAAAUUCGACGUGUGCUGCCCACGACGCCACACCCACCAAAGCCACUGGAUUCGAAUCUGCUUGCGACACAACACUCCCUCCCUCCGAUUCCGAGCUCCGCAGCUGAAUUUUGCCUUGUGGAGUAGCGAGGUGGAUCAGUGCUAGUUAUGGCGACGUAUUCGGGCCUUACGCACAAGCAAACGGCGCCCCUGGUGCACAUCCUGGGGAUCGUCAGCAUAGUGCUGGUUAUCAUCUGGACGUAUCAUUACAGGGGCGGCUAUGGACUCUCCGGAGGCCCUGUGUUUAAUGUUCACCCUUUGCUCAUGAUUGCGGGGUUCAUCUUUUUGUCAAGCCAAGCCAUAAUCUCUUACAAGACUGUCAGUGGAGACAGAACCUAUCAGAAGGCCGUGCACAUGACUCUUCAGGGAGUCGCACUUCUGCUGGGCAUUGUGGGCAUCUUGGCUGCAUACAAGUUCCACUCUGACCUCAAGAUUCAAAACUUCUACAGUCUACAUUCCUGGUUUGGAAUCAUCACGAUUUUGCUCUACCUCUUGCAGUGGAUCCUUGGGUUCGUAUCCUUCUGGACCCAAAGUUUGUCUUCUUCGACGCGUGCUGAGCUUCUUCCCUGGCAUAUCUUCCUGGGGCUGGGUGCUUUUGUAACAGCUCUUGCUACCGCCGAGCUCGGAUUGCUGGAGAAGCUCACUUUUCUUCAGAAGGGAGCUCCAUUUGUGGGCCUCUGGGCUCGAGAAGCGAUGCUCGUGAACUCCAUCGGGAUCUCGGUGUUGCUGUUCGGCAUGGUGGUGGUCUUGACAGCGGUAAUGCCGAACCCCCGCCGACACGAGGGCUACAGUCCCCUAGAGUAAACCGGAACUGAGCUUCCACACUUGGUGAAUCACUAAUUCUACAGCUGAUAAAUAAUUGUAAAUUAUUCAAGACAUGAAGAAAAUAGCUAUUUCAUUUUGUAAGAUUGGUUGUUUGUUUGUAUGCAUUUAUACCCCGUUUAAUCUAUUGCAUCGGCACGCCGAAAGUAUAGAUCUGUUUAAAUUGUUUUGUGUGAAGUAAUCGAGUAAAACGGUUUUCAUAAAUUCGAUUUCUCUA